UCGCUAUUUUCUUCUUCUUCUUCGUUUCUUCAAACCUUGAACUGAUAGUGGAGCUUCUUCAGUAUAAGAAUCAUCAAUCAAAUUGCUUCAAAAAUCUGUUCUGUAUUCUCUGAUUCAAUCAACUUCUUCAGCCAUAGAAGCGGCUUUUCUUUGAAUUUUGCAAGUUUGUGAGAUUUUGGAGUUUGAUUUGUUGAAUUCAUCUUAUAUCUCAUCUGGGUUUCAUCUGAAAACGGUUUUUGGGGAUUGGAAUUUUGUCGAACGUUUUAGGAGCAUUAUGAGUCUUCUUUACAGUACGAAUUUCAAAUUCUCUAACGGCGAAAUGAAGAAAUACCCUGAUUUUAUGGAUUGCGAUUCGACGAACAACCAUCAUUCUCAACAACAACACAAUAAUUCUGCUGGUCUUAUGCGUUAUUCCUCUGCUCCGACGUCUCUGUUUGCGAGUAUUGUCGAUGGAACAGAUGGUUUUCAUUCGAGCAACAAUGGCGGUGGAAACCGUGAGGAUUAUCGCUUCAUUAGAUCUUCGAGUCCUGAGGUAGAGGUUAUUUUGUCGAGGUUUAUGGCGUCGUGUAAUGGAAACUUUGAUUCGGGAUCUGGAGAGAGGACGGUGAAGCAAGAAUCGGGGGAAUCAGUUCAACAACAAAAUGAGUUCUGUAAUCAAUCCUCUUCAAUGGUUAAUACGAGUUCGGUUAAUUCUGCUGGUGGAGCUCAGAUUGGGAACUCUUAUGGUGUUAUGAAUUCGUCUGAUUUUGAUAAUUCGAUGCAAUUGCAAUUGGGUGCGAGGAAUUGUUCUAAUCUUUUCAGGCAAAGUAGCUCCCCUGCCGGGGUUUUCUCCCAUUUUACUGCUGAAAAUGGCAAUACAACAAGCGAGGUCAAAAAGUUUGGGACUUGCAAUAGAAAAGAUGUAGAUGCUGCUUAUCCAUCUACCCGGAUUGGUAAUCAGAUGAACAUAUCUGGCCAUUCUUUUGGCUCAAGCCAUAUGCCUCCAAUUGCAGAAGAGGAGAAUAAAAGCAUAGGCAUUGUAAGUAGCUCUCGUCAUCGUCCACAGAAAGUGAACAGCGGCGAUCAACUUCACACUGACGAUUUCCUCAAUAGUUCUUGGGAUAACUCUGCAAUGAGGGACAUAAAACGAGGGAGAGAUAACAAUGGGCGUGUGCUUUCGACAUCAAUCGUGCUUGAAACUCAGAAUUCUGAUUCUGGAAAUAACAUUCGUGGAUUGGCUCAUCAUUUGAGUUUACCUAUAAGUUUCAAUAAGGAUCCGGUGGAGAAGUUUUUGAGAUUUCAAGAUCCUGUUCCUCAUCAAAUUCGAGCGAAAAGAGGAUGCGCCACACACCCACGAAGCAUUGCAGAGCGGAUGAGAAGAACACGAAUUAGUGAGAGAAUGAAGAAACUGCAAGAGCUGUUUCCUGACUUGGACAAGACGACAAGCACAGCUGACAUGCUAGAGUUGGCCAUUGAAUACAUUAAAGGCCUGCAGAGACAGGUCAAGACCCUCACAGAUACGAAAGCGAAAUGCACGUGCUUGUGCUCAAGUCAAUAACAAGAAGCCAGAAAAAAAAAAAAAAAAGGCUACCCUAUCUUUUAGCUUGAUUUUGAUCUGUACAGA